UCUCGCCACCACGCCUUUUUCCUUAUUUGCCCGUAGACCACCCCCUCGCCACUCAAGCACCUUCUUUUCGAUACUUUUCGUGCCCUAUGAAUGAACACCUUUAGUAACGUAGGAGCGUAGCGUAAUCAAAGAAAGGUUGCUAAAUAAAUACCAUAUGCGCCCUUGCUAAUAUUUUUAGCCCACUGCUCCGUUGAGCCGUUUUUUUUCCUUCAGAUUACACGACUAAAACAAAAAAAAAGAAAAAAAAACAUGACAGCACGGCAUCGGAAAGGAAAAAGCAACCAUAGACACGAGGAGAACUCUUUCAAACACGAAGCUUUGGAAGCAGAGUCGCGGGGAGGAAAUCAGUAUGCUUUGUUGUUUAUUUUAUUCCUCAUGAUUGUGAUCGGAGGGGCCACUAUCGCCUGGUUCUGUCUUCAGCAGCACCAGACCAUAACCUACUUGGCCGACAACCUCAUGGGGGUUCAGAUGAAAAUGGUGAAGCUUCAGACGUUCCAAGAGGAAAUGCGAAAGACAAACGAAAAGCUCCACAGCUCAGAGGGCCUGGAACACCGGCUCCACGCUCUGGAAGAGGCGUACGUGCAGGCGCAGAAGCAGGUGGGUGUGGCGCUGGCCACGGCGGAGCAGCUGAAGACCUCCGACCUGCCCGCUCAGGUGCUGUCGCUCCACACGGAGAUGAAGAUGCGGCUGGCGGAGGUGCAGCAGGCCGCCGUCUCCACCGAGCAGCUGGCUCUCCUCCAGGGGGUGCUGAGGAGCAGGAGCGAGGAGUUCGAGGUGGUCAAGGCGGAGGUAGCCGCGCUGGUGGGCGCCAAGGCCGAUCUGACUGUGACCGUGGAGGGCCUGACGGGGGGCCUGGCCACGGCGCAGUCCAGUUUGGAGGAGCAGGCCAGCCGGGUGGGGGCCCUGACCUCACAGCUGGAGGAACAGGUCACCGAGCUCCUGGCGCUGAAGGAGUCCUUGGCUGUCCACAAAGCUCAGCUUGAGAGCAGCACACAGGACAUUGCAAGCAUAAAGGAGCUCCUGGAGGCGGAGGAGGCCCAGAAGGCCCAGCUGGUGACCGUUGAGGAGCAGCUGAGCUCGGUCCGGCACAAUCUGGAGGAGCAGAGCACGGUGGCUCAGACCCUGCACUCUGAGCUGAAGGCCCAGCUGAAGGCCAUCCAGAGCCAGGUCAGCCAGCUGGAGGGUUCCAUCCUGGAUGAGGUCCCUGCCGAGCAGCAGGAGGAGCAGCCCGCCCCUGCCGUAGAGGAAGCGGCAUCGGAUCUGCCCGUCGAGGAAGCGGAGGAGGUGCCCUUGGAUCAGGCGGCGGAGGAGGAGCCAGCUGCCCCCGUUUUUGAGGAGGUGGCAGCAGAUGAGCCAGUAGCAGUGGAGGAGGUGGCAGCAGAUGAGCCAGUAGCAGUGGAGGAGGUGGCGGCGGCUCCUGUCCCUGAGGAGGUGCCGUCGGAACAGGUGGUAGAGGAGGAGGAGCCAGCGGCCGCUGAAGCAGAGGAUAUCCCUCUAAACGAGCAGGAGCCUGCAGAAGCCGUCGCAGAAGAGGAGGUAGCUCCAGCCGAGGAGGAGGCAGCUCCCAUUGAGGAGGAGGAGGCGGCAGCAGCAGCUGUCAUUGAGGAGCAGGCAGCUCCACUGGAGGAGGAGGUGGGUUUGAGUGAGGAGGACCAUGCAGACUCAGAGGAGGUAGCAGAGCAGGAGAUUGAGGCUCCCGUAGCCCCCGAGGUGCAGGAAGCGCAGACCCAGGAGGAGGACCAGAUCGUGGAGCAGGAGGUGGAGCAGCUGGAGGAAGGCGAUAGCUCCCCCGAACAAGAAGAGUAGAAUGCUCGUACGGAGAUAACGCGGUGUUCCUCAAACCCCACCCUGCCCCAUUCACUGGAAGGAAUGGACUAAGUUAAGAGAAAAAUGGGAAGCCAUCACCAACGGUCGAGGUACCUUUUCAGAAAGGGAAAGCCGGUCACAGUAACUCUUCACACCUCCGUUUUUUUUUCUAUUCUGGCGCAAGUUUUACCUCAACUGAAUGGAUUUUGGAUGCCAGAGCACACAUUGGGAAGGUAAGGGACAAUUCAGGACUCCACAUGCCACUGUCGACCUCAGAAGCCUUAAUCCUUUCUACGAAACCAGUUGUCUUUGCACAUGUAUUUUCCACAAAUCAAAAUCGCUGUUGUUUUUUUAUGGCAAACUGAUCUGAAAGCAAAACAGGGCCCAGAGGACACUACCAACCAAUGACAGCAGGGGGUGACCUGCAGUCACAGACAGUUCAUUGGUCAGUGAACAGAAAAAAAAAACACGCACAAAGAGCCAAAAAUAGCGUGCGUGUAACGGACAUAAAGACGGCUUUCCUUUGUUUUUUUUUGUCUUUGUGCAUCUUGUUGGUAGAAUUUACAUUAAAAUAUGGGAAAUGGCAUGAGAGACCAGAAUAUCGUGCAUCUAUUUACAACGUGAAAGCAGGCUGGAUUGGGUUAAAGGAGGAAGCAUGGGUGGAAAAAGGCAAUAUCUGUGAAUUAUGUACAAUUUCUUAUUGCGGCCAGCAGAAGGCCGCGGUAGGUAGUCGUUUGACUUUCUUUUCUUUCUUCUCUCUCUCUUCUCUGUAGUCACACGAAAGUGCACUGUAACUGCCAUAGCAAAGGGCAUGGUCCCAACCUAUUGAGCAUCUCAGAUCUCUG